UUGCAUAUAAAUAUAAUCUCAUAACCUUAGUAAAUCAGUUGAAUAACAAACAAAUGGGAAUCUAAUGAAAAAAGACGAAUGAAAACAAAAUAUGGUGAAGAAGAGAAGAAAGAAAUAUCACAACUUUACUGGUGGUAGGACGUCUUGUGAGUAUGCACGGGUAGGUACCACCGCCCUGCCUGUUUCUGCCGUGAAGCAGUAAUGCGUUUCGGUUCGAAGGGCGGCGGCCGUUGUACUAUACUGAGACUUUAGAACUCAUAUCUCAAGGUAGGUGGCGGCAUUUACGUUGUAGAUGUCUAUGGGCUCCGGUAACCACUUAAUAUCAGAUGGGCCGUGAGCUCGUCCACCCAUCUAAGUAUUAAAAAAAAAACAAAUGAAUAUCGUAUUAUAAAAGUUACAUUCGUUCAAUUACACAGAGGUUCGACAAUAAUGCAACGGGUCUCUGUUAGAUAGCAAGCAUUACAACGAUCUUGCAAUCAUAAUAUUUAAAGAGAUCAGCCCACAUUCAUUGUUCGCGACGUAAUUUAAUAUUCAUAAAUUAUUAUUAGUUUACAUUCUACGAUGAGACAAUACAAAUGAUCUAGUCGCGUAUUGAACUUUUUGAAGUGAAGUAGGAACAAUGAAAUUAAUAUAUUUACUAUUCGUUUCAUUAUUAAGGAUCAAAGCGACAGAGGAAAGAUUAAUUGAGAAAAAUUCGAAAGCAACUACGGAAACAAAAAUAUUCGGCGCACCUGUAGUAAGACACACGAGAGAUGUAUUCGAGGAAGACGCGUUAGCGGAGUUUUCUAAAGAGGAAAACGAACAAAUUGAUCAGUUAACCCAAUUAAAUGGGCUGAAAAUGAGGUAUUAUUACAAAUAUAAUCCGAUGAUCAUACCAGUACCAGUUCAACAGACUCGACUUACAAGAGGAUCUAUUAGUAAUGUGACCACAACAAAAAAUAGUCUAAAUAAUAGUACAGAAAAAACGAAAGUAUUAAUUCAGAGACCGAUACCGAAAUUUGACGAAUUGGACGACGAAGAUGACUUUCAAAUGAACAUGGACAAAACUUCAAAUACAUUUAUAGACUCGAAUGAACACGAAGAUGAAGAUUUCAAUCUGGACGAUUAUGACUUUGAUGUGAACCAUGACGAAUUCAUAGGAAGCGGAAAGCCGCUUCAGCCAAGAACGAAAAAUAAGGAUUUAGAACAUCAUCAUGUACAAACAGAUUCAACUGAAGGUAAACCACAAAAGGUAGCUUCUGAAAUUAAAGUUAAAAGUAAAAUAUUACCACCCAUAAAUGCUGUCUCUUCAAAUAAGAAACAAAGGCAUGUAACUUUUAAACAUAAUAAAGAAAAUAAAGUUAAAUUUGAUGAAUAUUAUGAUGAUGAUGAUGAUGUGAAUCGUAAAGAGGUAAAGAAAUAUACGGAUGAGAUAGUUGAUGAGAAUUACGAAAGUGGUGAACCCGAACGUGGUAUGUCGAACAGAGAUGUUAGGUCACCAUGGAAGAUACACAAAUAUGUCGAUAAGCUAUCGGAGAAAUCACCGACAGCAACAGUUAUGUCUAAGACUUUAAGUAUAUUUCCAACAUUUCCUUAAUUAAUCUGAGAUUGUUAUCUCAGUCAAUGGAAUAAUUAUACAAUAAAAUAUUUAUGGUCCUCAAAUAUCAGUGUGGGUUAUUUUGUAAAAAUCUUGUUUUUUAUUUUAAUGCCUUUAGUAAUUAAGAAUGGGAUGGUGCUUUGAUUUAGCAAAUAUUGGACAAAGAAAAACUGUUAGUACAAUUUUUCACAAUAAAAAUAAUCCUUCACUUUCA